AUGGAUAAGAAACAUUUGCUGAUUCUCGUUAUAACGAGUUUUGCAUCCUGGCUACUCAUUGUUCUACUUAUCUUCGCUACCUGGAAGGCUGCAGACUGGUUUGGUCAAGAGCCCAGGGACGUCGAAGCCGCUCAGGUUGAGCCCGACAUUCUAACCGAUAUCCCACAAGUCAAACACCGUCGGGAAAUCAUUCAACCACCUCGCCUCCCAAACGGCCCAGGAGGAGCUGUGCCCGUGGACGAACGUAUCGAUUUGAGAACUUUCCUUCUGCUAUUCAUUGGAACGGUGUCUAUUUUCAUACUCGGUGUUUUCUACUGGAAACUGGGGACAUUUUUACGCUCAUUCACGCGCUCAAGGGUGACUGGAGGAGGGCGGAGUGCAGCUUCGCCUCACGUUAGAGCCUGGUACGGAUGGAUUCCCACUAUGGAAUAUAACUAUCAUAAAGAAUGGUGGAAAGAGGACUUCCGCUGGGCUAGGAAGUUCAUGUUUUGGAGGUCUUCACAUGCGAAUUAUAGUUGGAUAUGGUGGGACCCAGAUGGUGAGAAAUCAAGGCAACGAGCUGAAGAUGAGGGUCGGCUGAGGCGUAUCCCCUCGCGGUUGAUGAGAUAUGCCAUCAACGGACUGAGGCCCAGCUCGCACUCACAAAUCAACCCUGAAAUGGGUGUUCCCCGAAUGAACCGCUUGUCUACCCUUCGAAGACACCAUAACCGCAGAAUCAUGGAAUAUGAGGAUCUCAAUAUACCACGGCGUACCGAUUUGAGUCUUUCGCCCUCUUUGAGGACACGAUCCAAGUCCUUCGAUAAUAGUGGAUAUAGAGCAGGAAGUGAAACACCACUUCGCCCUGCAGCUCGAAAAACACAUUCCGAAGGCUACCGUGAUGGCUCACGCCACGUACGUUUUCAUAGUCCAGCUGCUCAGCCACUUCAUACCAGACGAAGACAUGGACAAAGCAGCAUCCUGAGCAUGGGGAAUUCCAUGGACGAGACACAUGGUGAAAAAUCACUUUCCUGGAAGUAUAGGGCAUGGGGUGCAAGGAUGCAAUGUCAGACCUUUGGUGAUACUCCUGGAGUUCUCAAAGGCCAUGCUGGCCGACCAGGCACAGCAAUGUCGUUCGCUCUCAAAAGCAUGAUAUCAUCAGGGUCCGGCUCAGAUAUAUACCAGUCUCAUCAUUAUGAUACUGGGACUCAGCCAGCUCCUCGAUUGCCAAACCACCCUACUCCAGAAAGGAGACAGAUACCAAGACCACGAUGUCGGCCAGGAGAAGAUACUCUUCGCAUCCGCAAAUGCCGCGGGAUACGACGUCGACCUCCUCUCGAGAAUUGCUUGAGCCGCCCUGAAGUACGUCUAGUCGACAAUUUAAAUAGAAAGCUCGAGUGGUUAUCGAGUGAAAUGGACCCAGGUCGAAAGUCAUUUGCGUUUCUCCUUCUCCACAAUCAUUGGCUCAACCGGGCUACUUGGGUUGUAAUGGAUCCUUCAUCGAGACUCACUGUUCAGAAAAAAAGAAUACAGAGCGAUCCUAGAGUGAAUAAGAAGGCAUUUGGCGGUAAAAGCAAUGCUGUUGUACCCGACAUUACCCCUGCACCAAGAGCCAGAGCAGUUACGCCACGGAUAGACUCCUGGAGGGUAGCAGUCAAUCGAGCGAGGGUGUCUUCUGGAGCUAAAGAGAUUCCAAAGGUUGAGUUACUCGAAGGCUCGGCUGAAGAUGCUGCUGAUAACAACGUCGACCCAGCAAGCUGGAUUCUCAAGAAACCCCCACAAGGACACGGAAUGUCGAAUAAGCAGAAACAGACCUACUUCGAAGGCCCUGGUGGCUGGGCUGAGAAACUGGAGUACUGGGAGAAUGUUCCCCGGUUGUAUAGGGUCCGGAGGGUAGUUCUUCAAGGCAAAGCCAACCGCCGAUGUGUUGCUAGAACUGGAAAGGGCAUAUAUCACGGCCUUGAGAGAGCUGCUCGGGAAGCAAGGAGGCUCAGUGCCCAGCAGUACCAAAAGAUCAGACAGCUUGAGAGGUCUGAGAAAUCGGGCCGGGGAGUUGUAAGCCUACAUCAUUCCUUGAGAAGCACUCUUUCAAGGUCCGCGGUCAGUUUGCCGGGAAUGGAUAGCCCAACACUACAGCCACAGAGUACCACUGAUCCGGUGUCGAUGCAUGAACGAGACGAAGGCUGA